AUGCAAGUCAAUCCAUCUUCUCAUAGUAAUACAAGUCGAGCCGAGCUACUCAAUUUCGCAAUGGCCACAACAGCCACUCCACAAGUCGAAGGCCCACCAUGCUCAGCUCAACGCGUCUCAUCUACUUCAACGCCUGCCACCACGGCAAGUCACACCCUACAAUCAGACGAAGGCGAAGGCGGCAUUGUGGAGGGAGAUUCUUCCCUCGCAGCACAUUCUGUGUUUGCUACCGAGUUUUUGCAAAAGGUUGUGAGCACAGAGUCACUGCAGGACUCGAGUUUGGAUCUUGGCGAGACUCUGGAUGCGCUGUCACAAAUCGUCAAUGCCUUGAAGCAACCAGCUGCCGCGGGGGAGAUGACAUAUCCUCACGCGAAGCCGUUUAGUCGGGUUCGUGCCCAGGGAAUUGAGUUACCACCUAUAGAAAAGGCUGUGCACACUAUCAGAAUCGCAAAGAGUCAACGCCUCACGGGCAUGGCUUGGAUAUACGACUUUCUGCCUUCCCGUCGUUUCCCGGAUCUUUGCCUGAAUGUCUACUUUUCAGACAACUACUCGGAAUAUGAUUACAUCACUGUGAACGGAGGCCUCUAUUCGCUGUUCACAGACUACGCCGCGCAAGUAUCAGUUGAUGAACAAAAAGAGUACUUUGAAUACGCCAAAAUUUGUCGCGUAAAUCUGGAAACGUGUUUAGCGAAUCUUCCGCUCCAUCUGCCGGCAUCUUCUGAUGUGAUUGUCGCGCUUCUUUUCGGACUUACUCUCUGGAAGACUUUCCAUGCUGUUGAAAUCUCAAAACCUACGCUCGCUUGGACACUAUCCUCCAAAGCAUCAGAAUUAUGUCAAACACUUGGAUAUCAUCGAGCAGAAUCUCUCAAGAACACGAAAGAUGAUGGCAAGCCCACUGUUCAUGGGAUGCACUGGCAUCAAUUUCUCUUCUGGAACGUCUACUACAUCGACAAGAGUCUUUCGCUUCGCCUAGGCAGAGCAUCGACAAUUCCUGACUGGCACAUCACCAUGCCUCUACCAUCACUGAAAGAGCCGGUCGCAAGUCCGAUUUUACCAUACUUGGUAUUGUGGAUUCGAACAGCGAAGUGCCAGGGUCAGAUUUAUGAGCUGCUUUACAGCCCCGACUCGAUGAUCCAACCGUAUCACGUUCGCCAGACGCGGGUGCAUGAACUAGUUUCCCUUCUCCACGAUAUCGAUCAGAAGACGCAAGAAACCACUGCAAAUUAUCAGGCAUUUGCUAAAGACGGAGUGGAAGAGCACUUUGCCGAGUUUUACCUGUCUUCAGAUUACGUUCUUCGGCUUUCACUUCUUACUCUGGUGUACCGGGCUGCCCCAAGAGUUGAAGGAUCGCCAACAACAUUCAGUCCCGAAUGCAUCAAGGCUGCAAGAGCAGCACUGGAAAAGCAUCAAGAAUGUGUUGCCAUCAUGCGCAAGUCUCAUGAUGUUUACUUUGCAACCUACAUUCACUGGACCGUGCUUUUUGCACCAUUCAUUCCCUUCAUCGUUCUUUUCUGUCAGGUAAUCGAGACCCAAGACAAUGAAGACUUGGCACGGCUGCAUUCUUUCGUGGUGUUCUUGCAAGAGACAUCAAAAAUGUCCGACGCAGCAGCAAAGAUGUGUCGCCUGUUCCAGGUCUUGUACAGCGUCGCUCUUCGCUUCGUUGAAUUUCGCGCGUCAACUCCUCAGUCGCGACAGACGCAGGCCAGCGCCGAGAUGGACGCUUACUUAGCAGCCUUGGGAUUCCCGCCAAAAGGGGCUGAAGGAGGUCAGCAUCCGCAGCAACAGCAACCCACCGCGUUCGCCCAGAUCACAAGCACCGCGCCAGAUGUGGUCCCUACGUCUGGUAUCGCGGGCGUAGGGAUUGAUGCUAUGGACGAGAGCUUGAGACCCGGGAACCCGAUGAUGUGGAUGACGAAUGCCGCUCAGUUGGAGGACUUCUUCUACACAAAUACGGCGAUGAUGGACCUACUACAAGAACCCGGAUUCGAAGCAACUCAGCAGCAAUAG